ACCGCUGAAAGAAAACAGUGCUGGUAAUUUUAUCAUGGCAGCGGAGAUCCACUCGAGGCCUCAGACCUCAAGACCGGUUCUGUUGAACAAGAUCGAAGGACACUCAGACGCGGUCAAUGCCGCCGUGUUGAUACCAAAAGAGGACGGAGUCAUAACGGUUAGCGAGGACCGAACCAUCAGGGUAUGGCUGAAAAGAGACAGUGGUCAGUACUGGCCAAGCAUUUACCACACCGUCUCCUCCCCGUGCUCUUGCAUGUCAUACCACCAUGAUAGCAGGCGCAUCUUUAUAGGCCAGGAAAAUGGAGCCAUUGUGGAGUUUCUCAUUUCCGAAGAUUUCAACAAAAUGAACCAUGUCAAGACAUAUCCUGCCCACCAAAACCGUGUGUCAGACAUGGUAUUUUCUUUGGAGAGUGAGUGGGUGGUGAGCACUGGCCAUGACAAGAGUGUGAGCUGGAUGUGCACCCAUAGUGGCAGUAUGCUUGGACGACACUACUUCAGCUCCUGGGCCUCCUGCCUACAAUAUGACCACGAGACCCAGCAUGCCUUUGUGGGCGACUACUCUGGACAGAUCACCCUACUAAAGCUGGAGAGGCAGACCUACUCUACCAUAACUACGCUGAAGGGCCAUGAAGGUUGCAUAGGGGCCCUAUGGUGGGACCCAGUCCAGAGGCUGUUGUUCUCAGGGGCCUCUGACCACAGUGUCAUCAUGUGGGACAUUGGAGGGUGCAAAGGACGAACACUACUGCUACAGGGACACCAUGAGAGGGUGCAGGCAGUGCGCUACCUCCAGCUGACCAGGCAGCUGAUGUCCUGUUCAGCAGAUGGAGGCAUCACCGUCUGGAACAUGGACACACCCAGAGAGGAGGCUCCCCAAUGGUUAGACAGUGACUCUUGUCAGAAGUGUGAGCAGCCUUUCUUUUGGAACAUCAAGCAGAUGUGGGAUACCAAGACCCUGGGGCUAAGACAGCACCACUGCAGGAAAUGCGGAAAGGCUGUGUGUGGGAAGUGUAGUUCCAAACGCUCCACAUAUCCCAUCAUGGGCUUUGAGUUCCAAGUGCGGGUUUGUGAUGCCUGCUUUGACACCAUCAAAGAAGAAGAUCGGACUCCUUUGGCCACAUUCCAUGAGGGGAAACACAACAUUGCCCACAUGGACAUGGACCCAUCCAGAGGUCUAAUGGUUACCUGUGGCAGCGACCGCAUCGUUAAGAUCUGGGAUAUGACGCAGGUGGUUGGCUGUAGCUUAGCAACAGGCUUCUCUACACGCUGAGUAGCCCCUCCCACUAAAUGAUCCCUAUCUACGUCCACUCUUCAAUGAGACAGAACCUGUCUGACCUGGUGACUGCAGCUGAUAUUGGGGGGGAAACAUAUAUAUAUAUAUAUAUAUAUAUAUAUAUAUAUAUAUAUAUAUAUAUAUAUAUAUAUAUAUACACACACACACCUUCUGCCUGGACUCACUCAGACACACACACACACACACACACACACACACACACAAACAGGCUGACCUCGGGUGAGGUGUGCAUGUGGUGUAAAUAGCUUAGUAUUUGCCCAGAUUCCUUUGGUAGCCCAUAACAAGUAAUCCUUUCACUUCACUAACCGGCCCCUUUUGAAAAUAUGUGUGUGAAUGGUUUUGAUUUCUAUUGAUUUUGACUCUGGUUCUAAGCAGAACAGAAUCUUAAGCACACUGUACUAUGUGCGUGUUUGUUUCUGCGCAUGUGUCAUUAUGUAGGAAUGGUGUUGACAUAAAUGUUUACAUAUUUUUUGAUUUGCUUUGUUUGAAAAAGCCGUCUUUUUUUGUUUUUUUGUAAAUCAUCCUUGGAAUGUAAUAUCUGGUUCACAUAAUCGCCAAACUGUCAUUCCUUUAAACAGACUAAAAAGCUUCUCAUUUGCUCAUUGGGAGCCUAAUACUAUGGCCCACUAGAUGCAUUAGUCAGUCAGUCAGUCAUUAUAACACUUACAAUAGAGGAAAAUAACAUUUGUGCUCCUUUGCUUCAUGUAAACUGUUAAGAUAGAUUGCUUCCGUCGCACUGAUCAAAGAGAGUUUUGUCUUCUCUCUCUGUCUCUCUGUGUUUCUCAUCUUUUCACUGGUUGGCCUUAAAACACUCUCAGGAGGAUUUUUCAUGGGUGGGGUAUUACUAAGUGGGGUCCUCUAUGCCAGCAGUUGGUUGGUAAUCACCAACACAUGGCAAACCUCCACUGACUCCUCAUUUCACUAAAAACAAAAUAAAAACAAGUCAAUCUUUGCUACCCUUCAGAUACUUAAAACUUUAAUAGAGUUCUUUAAUUGUGUAGAUGGAUGAUACAACUUGUAGCACUGAUGGUGAAAACCCAAAACUGAUUAUCUUGUGAGAUUUUAUUUUUUGUCUGUAAUAGAAUGUCAAUUUUGGUGUAAAUUUGGAUUUUGUCUUUGUAGGAAGGCAUGUAGGUACUUAGCAAGGUACUCUGGACAAAAUUUUUAUGAGGCACUGCAUGCUAGCGUUUUAGAGAUCCAAGCUGAAUUAUCAGUAGAUUUCGGGCCAUGUGUGUUUCUUUAAAAGCCUUAAAGAGAGGAGGACACAUGCGUAGCCUUUGUCGAAUUUUCUUAGUGCCCAUGAUUGUUCGCACCCUCGAUCCCACCCCAUUCUUCAGUUUCAUUCGGCACUGGUCUGAGCUCUUGUGUUUCUCCCAGUCUUUGGUAUUCCUGUUACAUCCAUCCCAAGCACUGUCAUACCACUCUCACCAAAGCACCAAGGUGCAAAAUUUGCGGUUUUGUAAAACAUUUCUUAAAAACGAAACAAGCCAUUUUGCCAGCUCUGAUUUUAUUUCCCCAACGGUGAGUCAAAACUGUUGGAUGUUGUUUUUGACUCAAUUAGCAUUUUUGUAAAAAGGUAUGGGUAUGGCUAGUAUGUUGUAGUGUAGACUUAACGCUUGCCUUAUUGUAGGUGGAAAAUGAGCCUUGUAAUGUUUGAAACCCUGAUUUUGAAUUGUUGACACAUUCCGUCGUUUGGGGGCUUUUUUUUUCUUUUGCUUUUUUUUGGACCCCGUAGUGUAUAUUUAUAUAAGUAGCCAUGUAUUUAUCUAUUAUCACAGUAAAAGGUGUUUUUUUUGUUCUUUUUGCCUGUCAAAUAGAUCUCAUUCCUGCGUCAUGAGAGACCAAUGCAUAUCACUCUUGAAAUAUCCUCAGUCAUUUGAAAAAAAUGGAAGUCUCAACCUUAUUCUCUGUAACGAUGCACUGUGACGAUAUGUAAUGUCACACAACAAGCGUGGCCAGAGGUCGGCGGUCCCACCAUAGGCCUUGACAUUAUUUAGUAUGUGUGACACCAGUGCUCCUCAUAGUACCGUGAUAGUUUUUCUACCAUUAGGUUCUUAGCACAAGUCAAUAUGAUUAUAUAAUGAUGUCACACAUGGUCAUCGGAAUUACAGGGUAAAGACAAUGCUACAGUACAAUCAGAUUUCUCAGCCCUUCCUUUCUAUUUUGACCGACUAGAAAAUAAAUUGUUUAUGCUCACAGCCUUUGUUCUUGACCUGUAACAGAGCUGCAUUGGCGGUAAUGACUUUCUGCUUGAAGUUGGACCAUGUGAGCUGAGCUCAUUAGUAGAAGAACAGUAGGUUUGGCACUUGAAGAAAAAGGCAGGACUGGUUGGCUAGUGGUCCAUUUCUCUAUGAAAUCAGCUAGGUUGCAAGAUUGUAGGCCAUUCACAUGGAGGAGCAGGUUUUCAUUUUGUCUUGUUUUUCCUGUACAGGCCACAUCUUUUUUUCAAAGACGAGAGCAAAUAUACAUAAACUCCCUGAUUUUUGUUUGUUUGUUUGUUUUUUGUUUGUCUUUUUCUCUUCUAACUGCUUGUAAAUGACUCACCGUUCCAAUAUAUUGUUGUUAUUGUAUAUCUCAGUUGUAUUUUUAAAGAGAACUCGAUGACUAUACAGUACUGACUAGUCUCCGCCUACAUGCUGAUGGAGAGGAAAGAACCGAGACUUAAUAAAGAUAACAUGACAUGUU